AUGGAAUUCAAAUUCAAAUUCAAAUUAUUACUUUCUUCCAUAUUGUCAACAAAAGAUUUGCAUUUACCUGAUGACUGUUGGGAAUCUGUCUUCAAAUUCUUCAACCAGGCCGACAGCAAUGACAUCCGUUGUUUGAAGUCUCUCUCCCGCGUCUCCAAGCAGUUUCUCUCCAUCACUAAUCGUAUUCGAUUUUCACUGACUAUUAUAUGUGACCCAACACCCCCUUUUCUUCUUGGAUUAUUAUUCAAAAGGUUCACCAACCUCACGCGCUUCCUCGGUGACCACAACAAACUUCUUUGCCAAAUCUCAUGUUUUCCAUUGAACAUCACAUCACUCAGUCUCAAUCUCUCCAACAAAUUCACCAAAUCCACCAUUCCCUCUGAUGGGUUGCUAACUUUCUCCAAAAAGAUUACAACUUUGACAUCUCUCACAUAUUCAAACAUAUAUUCUAUAGAUUACACUGACUUUGUCUUCAUUGCUAAUUGCUUCCCUUUACUCGAAGAACUCCACCUGAGUUGCCUCUCCCAUUAUUACAGUAUCUCCAAGGUAGAAGAGCCUCCCUCAUUGACACUUUUCAAUCUCCGCAAAGUUAGACUCAAACGUCAGCGCUACAUCAAUGAUCAAUUGCUUUUCUACUUGUUUAAGAACUGUAAACAUCUUGAAGAGGCCAUCAUACUUGACUGUGAUGGCAUAACCGAUGCUGGCAUUGCUUCUGCUCUCGCUCAAAGACCAACUUUGAGAUCUUUAUCCUUAUCCAAUAAUUUUGGAGCAUUCCUCAACUCACAUUUCAUUGACUCGUUGGUGAGUUUGAAGGGUUUGACUUGUCUUGAUUUAUGUUGUCCGGGAAUCUCGGACGACUUGCUCUACUCUAUUGCAAGGGAAGGCCUUCCUUUGACGAGGCUUGUCCUCAAAAAUUGCAGCGCCUAUAGUUAUGCUGGAAUCAUUUGCUUGUUAUCCAAGUGUCGUCAAUCUUUACAACAUUUGAAUCUUCAAAAUGCUGAUUUUCUGAAUGAUCAACAUGUUGUUGUGUUUUCUUUGUUGCUCGGUAAUUUGGUGUUUAUAAACCUUAGUGGAUGUAAGAAGCUCACAAAGUCAGCCUUGUUUGCACUAGUCAGAAAGUGUGCUUCUCUUAGUGAGAUCAACAUGGAAAGAAUUUGGAGACAAAGUGUAGAGAAUCCUGAUUCUUUGAUGGAUUUUGGUGUAUACCCUCAGUUAAAGUCUCUUUAUUUCGCUAACAAUCCAUGGUUAAGCGAUGAAAUCAUUAUAAAGUUUGCUUCCAUUUUCCCCAAUUUGCAAGUGCUUGAUUUGAGAAAUUCUAGUGGCAUAUUCGAUGAAAGUAUUUAUCAAGUUUUAAGGAGAUGUUGUAAGAUUAGAUCUUUGAACUUAGCCGGAUGUUCAAGAGUGAAGUUACGUAGAUUGAACUUUGAAGUUUCCAAGCUAGAGGUGUUAAACUUGUCAAAUACAGAGGUUGAUGAUAAAACACUUAAUGUGAUCUCGAGGAAUUGUUGUGGGCUUUUGCAAUUGAAAUUAAAAUUUUGUCUUAAAGUCACAAAGAAGGGAGUGAAUCAAGUGAUAGAAAAAUGCACACGACUGAGAAAGAUCAAUUUGAUGGGUUGUCGUAAAGUGCAUAAUAAUGUUGUUGACUCUAUGUUAAAUUCAAGGCCAUCAAUUAGAAAGAUAGUAGCUCCAAAUCCAAUUCGUUUUUUGAGUAAAACAAAGAAGGAACUCUUCUUGCAGCAAGGAUGCAUUCUAAAAUAA